GCUUUGAGCAUCGUGUUUGGCAACACAUGUAAACAAUUUUUGCGAGCGGGAGCUAAACGUUUUUGAAGUCAGUGAUUUGUCACUAUCAAACAAAAAGUUCACAGCAAUGGCGACUACUAAGAAGAGGAGUGACAUGACUCCAGAGGAGCUGGCAGCUAUGGAAAAAGAAGAAUUUGCAACUGGGCCCCUGCGGAUCCUCAAUGAGUCUGUGCAGAAUAAUACACAGAUUUUGAUUAAUUGCCGCAACAACAAGAAGCUGCUUGGACGUGUGAAGGCCUUUGAUAGACAUUUCAACAUGGUGCUGGAGCAGGUCACAGAAAUCUGGAUGGAGCAACCUAAGACUGACAAGGGACAGAAGAAGGCUAAACCUGUUAAUAGAGAGAGAUUCAUCCAAAAGAUGUUCCUACGUGGUGAUUCGGUAAUCAUCGUAGUCAAGAAUCCUUUAGGGCAGCAACAAACUGCAUAAGAGUUUUGUUUAGUUUCAGUAAACUUUCACCUUCGGAUCUCCGUUUUUAUUUCAAGUCUAGUUCAAGUCUUUCUCGCGUCUCAAUCAUAACUGGUGUUAGUUACGAAAUUGGCACCACGUCAUCAUAUACUUGACAAUACUAAAUAAAUUUUCAGUAAUUAUUCAAUUUUCUGCUGUAUUUUUUUGGGUGCUUAAUAUCAUCGUUACAAAAUAAGAUGAAUAAACAUGUUUUAUACUUCACGUAGAAUCUUCAAGUAGCCAAACAGUGCUUGUUGAAAUGUCAGUUGUCAUAAAAACCAAGUAAAGGGCACAACGGAGUUUUUCUUUGAUCAAAUGUAAUGACCACGAAUGAUGGUGGACUGAUUUUGUUCGCAUUCCAUGCAUACAUUUGGUAGCGCGUCAUCUUUCAUGUUGAUUAAUCGUUAUCUUUUUAGCUUGAAACCCCUUGUAGUAAACAGAUUGUCACAAUUUCAGGAAUGGAAAAUACACUCGUCAGAAACCA